AUGCCUAUCUCCCAUAGAUCCAGGAAUGACUCUCAGAUGUCAGACAGCGUGAUCGACGAUGAUGUUGAGGAUUUCCAGAAGGCGCCCAAGGGCCUCGUUGCGCCGCGGUAUAUGGGGACGGUGGCUGAUCAGCGGGAUAUGAGUGCGUUAGGGCGCGUACAGGUUCUGCGCAGGAACUUUCGAUUUAUUUCCAUUGUGGGAUUUGGGUGCACUCUUAUUUGCACUUGGGAGGUUAUCCUCACAUUGCUAUCCUCCGGGCUGACUGAUGGUGGCACUGCGGGAUUGAUUUGGGGGUUCAUUGGUGUUUCCAUUGGAUUUACUCUUGUGUAUGCCAGCAUAGCUGAAAUGGCAUCGAUGGCACCGACCGCUGGCGGGCAGUACCACUGGGUAUCAGAAUUUGCUCCCCGGCGUGGACAAAAGUUCUUGAGUUACAUGACAGGAUGGCUUUCUGCAAUGGGCUGGCAAUGUGCCAUUGUCUCGAUCGCGUAUCUGGCUGGCACGAUCAUCCAAGGACUGAUCGUGUUGAACCACCCCGAUUACGAUUUUCAACGAUGGCAUGGGACAAUGCUGGUGAUUGCCAUUUCGUCUUUUUCAAUAAUGUUCAACACCUUCAUGGCUAAGAAUCUGCCAUUUGUCGAAGGUUUGAUUUUGAUCAUCCAUGUCAUCGGCCUGUUUGCUAUCAUUAUUCCACUAUGGGUACUAGCCCCACGCAACAAUGUCCGUGCUGUCUUCACCAGCUUCAACAAUGGUGGCGGUUGGGACAAUUCUGGGACUGCGACUCUAGUUGGACUCUCAACCACUAUUACCUCGAUGCUGGGGUACGACUGCUCCGUUCACAUGUCGGAGGAAAUCAAAGAUGCAUCAGAGACACUUCCCAAGGCCAUGAUGUGCUCUGUAGCCGUUAACGGAGUCCUAGGAUUCAUCAUGUUGGUCACCUUAUGUUUCACACUAGGCGAGGUCAACACUGUACUAGAUACACCAACCGGAUAUCCAUUCAUUCAGAUAUUCUACAAUACGACCGGCAGUCUAGUUGCGACAAACGCCAUGACGGCGGUUCUGAUCGUGACAUUAACCGCUAGCACCAUCACCGAAGUGGCCACCGCCUCGCGCCAGCUCUGGUCAUUUGCUCGGGAUGAGGGAAUUCCAUUCUCAUCCUUCUUCGCUUAUGUUACACCAGGUUGGAACAUCCCUCUCAACUCCGUGAUGGUGUCCCUCGGGGUCACUGUUAUCCUUUCGAUGAUCAAUAUUGGGUCAGAAGUAGCCCUCAACGCAGUCAUUUCUCUGACAAUCACGUCGCUCAUGUCAGCAUACAUCGUAUCUAUUGGCUGUGUGUUGUUGAAGCGGCUCCGUGGCGAACCACUUCCAGCCCAUCGAUGGACACUGGGCAGAUAUGGUAUGGCGAUCAACAUUGGGGCCUUGGCUUUCCUCCUGCCCAUCUUUAUCUUCGCGUUCUUUCCGUUGUCAACGCCGGUGACACGUGAGACAAUGAAUUGGAGUGUGGUGAUGUACGUUGGCGUCAUCGGAUCGGCAACGAUAUAUUAUUGGGUCAGGGGCCGGCAUCAUUUCAUCCCCCCUGUGGCAUUGAUUCAAAGGGAUGGUAUCUAG